CAUAUCAUACCACCUCAUUAGUCAACCAAUCAUUUUUUAUUAGGAUCAGUUAUAAAAACAGGAAAGAAAAGAAAAUUAUUUCAUUAGUUCUAGCGUGCGAAGAAGAAGACCAGAGGACGCUAUCUGAGAACCCCAGUGGUAAGACGAAUUUUAUGUUUAAAACAUGCUUUUGACGAUCAUAGUCUUCGGUCUCGUCGCCCAACAUUUUCUAGGCUGUGAUGCUGACUCUCCUUACACCCCAAAAGGAAAAGGAGGCGAUGUGGUUGCCGAUGUUGUAGAGAUGAUCAAUAGCUUGGGUAUAUUUCCAAACGAUCACAAGUUCCUUUGUCGCGUUGCCUGGGUCGAGUCCAAAUAUGGAGUGGCGCCAGGAACGUAUAGGCCAUCUUAUUACGGGGGAAUUUGGCAGGUGGACUCUAUUGGCUAUCGCGAAACAGUUAUCCAGCAAGGCCUAAGGAAGUACUGGGACCGAAUUAAGGAGCGACUGCAUAUAGACUGGGAAAAAACUUCAUGGUCAGAUUUGGAAAAGCCGCUGUACUCCGGAUUGGCUUCUCGAUUGUUUCUCGCCAGGAUUCCUGCUCCUAUUCCAGCUGACCUUACUGCUCAAGCUCAGUACUGGAAGAAAUAUUACAACACUUCAGCUGGGAAAGGAACCGUGCAGAAGUUUAUUAACGAUGUUAAACAAGCUACAGGGUGUGCUGCGUGAAAAAUUCCAAAUGAAUCAUCCUAUCUGUAGCUUGCAAGAAACAGGAUAACAAUAUACAUGUAUUAAAGAGAAAAAAAUUAUCAAGUAAAUUAAUAGCUUUGAAAUUGAAAUUGUUUCUUUUUUUAAAUAGUAUUUUUUCUUAAUUAAGUUUGGAUUUAAGAAUUCAAUUAAUGUUCUUAGCAAUUGGAUGAUCGGUUUGAAAUUUAACUAUUGCCUAUCGCUUGCAAGGUUAGUUUUCUCAGGUCAGACACUUCUGUCCAGUGAGCAUUGAUCAUGCUUCAAUUAAUUAAAUCUCAAUUACCAGUCAUUGA